CCCCCGCGUGCCGUCCACCGCCAUCGCCAUGACUUCACAGACGAUACAGCAGAUGGAGUCGGCCCGGUCGCUCGCGUUAGGCGACGGUAGAUACUAUCCUACCAUCAUUCCGGGCGUGCUUCCCAUCAUCGGUUACAGUGAAGACCAGAGCAUCGAGAUCCAGCGCUGGGGCGCCGACUUUCUCGCGGAAGCGUUUGCGUCGCCCGCAUGGCCCCAGGAGGUCAAGCAGAGCAGCGCGCCCUCAGUGCUGGCUACGCUGAAGGCCUAUCUUGACAAUGUCGACGACAAGAGUGUCAUCAAGAGCGCCAUCCAGGCGGCCGCGAGCGUGUACCCGCUGGUGUACAGACAUACUGUCUCGGAUCCCAGCGAUACGCAAAAUUGGCAGCUCAUGGCUGCCAUCAAAUCCAACAUCUUGCGACGAAUGGACUCGGCCGCCCCUGGCGUGCGCAUAUGCUGCAUCAAAUUCCUCCAGCAAGUCGUCCUGGUGCAGACACCAGGAGCAGCAGACCCCAGGCGCGUCGACCACAACGAUAUCUCCCUCUCGCUCGUACCCCGCGAUCAUCCGCUCAUACCGUAUGCAAGCCUAGAGGCCGAGGGACAUGGACUGCUGGACAGAUUGCUGGAUAUCAUACAUGGCGACCACAGUGACGGGCUGCUUGUGACUGCCACAUUGAACAGCUUGGGCAUGUUGAUCCACCGCCGGCCAAAUGCUGCAAAUAAAAUCUUGAACAGUGUCUUCAACUUCAACCCCUUGAAGCUUGCCAAUUCGCCCAUGACGCCCAAGAACAAGGUCAUCAUAAAGUCGAUUGAGCGCACGACGAGGGCACUGCUCGUGAACAUCAUGAAGAGGAACCCCGAGAACCCAGUCAAUGGGCGCAUACAGCAAUUCCUCGAGCGCAUGCACCGUACGCGCGUUGAAGUCUUUGAUGAAUCUAAUCGUAAAAGACCAGCACCCAGUGAACCGACUGAUGGCCUUGAUCAAGCCAAGAGGCAGCGCCUCGUUGCUGAGCCUCCAAGUCGCACACCCUCUGUUCAACCCUUGCCGCCUGGUGAAGUAAGCUGGCGACAACUGUAUACGUUGAACUCUGAAGGCAGCACAGCAAACUUUGACGUGCAAAAUUUCAAGGAUCCUGAGCAAUUGGUUAGGAUUGUGGUGCCUGUCCUUCAGUCAGUCAAUCCAGUAAAACUGGAGCAAGCCAUCAACGCCGUGCGUGCUCGAUACCAAACGCUGCGCCAGAACGCUGCAAAUCAACCGCCACCGCCACCGCCGAGUGCCCCUGCCGCAGAAGACGAAGAGGAAUACGAACCCGAUUUCGAACCUGAAGAUGCAGAACAGAUCAGCAACAGACUAGACGGCAUUCCUUCAAAUCCUUUCUCAUCUCAAGCAGGCCCAUCCACUGCUCUAGCACCUUUCAAGCUCCCCGAAGCACCUCCGUUAUCCGACCAGGAUGUUCAGAAGUACGGCGAUAUGACCGUACACCGAGCAUUUGGCAUGCUGAGUAGUGUAGAUGAGACGCAGAAGAGCAAGACCACCAAAGGUGGCUUCAACCGCUUAGCAGCAACCGACUAUUCCAGAGAUGCCUGGGUCACGAUACUAUCAAGAUUGGCAACACGAGCAAGCGCAGGCCUGGACGAUCCUGACGAUGGCAUCAAAGACGAGUAUGCAGUUAAGAGCGCAAGGGGCAGUACAAAGAUCAGCGACUCCAUACGUGACGGUUUAUACCAGUAUAUCCUGUACGACUGGAAGAGGCGCAUUGAUGUCGCCAUUUCCUGGCUAAACGAGGAAUGGUACAAUGAUAUGAUACUCACCCAGGUCGAGGAAGACCCCAUUACAAACGGUACCGUCAACGGCGUUUCCCCCUCGAAACUACCAAAGGGAAACUACCAUCGCUGCGCGCUCCGCCUCAUCGACGGUAUCCUCCCGUACAUUGAACACACAGACAAGAUUCUGCUCCGCUUCCUCUCUGAAAUCCCGUCCAUCGACUAUACCAUCCUCGUGCGUCUUAAGAAGAUGGCCGAAGACCCCGAACGCAUCGAUCUCGCCUGCAACGCCCUGCACUACCUGUACAUGUUCCGUCCCCCCGUGCGCAAAAUCGUUGUCGACAUCCUCGCCGAAAUGUGGCACGAGAACGACAGGGCCAAGCCCAGUGCCCGCAAGCUGCUCGUUAGGUGGCGCCCGGAAAUCCUAGGCGAGGACAAGGUCGGUACCCCGCUCGUGGUCAAGAUGGAGAACAGCAUGACGGCCGACGGUCAGGUGGUCAAGGAGAGCGCUAAUGGCGCGUUGGAAGUCAAGGCUGCUUCGUAAUGAGAUGAAGAUACCUAGGAUCGCAAAAGGAAAAGAGACAGAAAAGAAGGACCCUCAACACAGCAUUUCAGAAAAGAAAAAGACGCUCUUGCUACCAAGCAAAAUCUGCUCUCACUCACACACAAACUCGAUUUGCCUUGUUUUUUCUUCUUCUUGUUCUUUUUCCUCUUUGCUUUUCUCUUCCCUUUCUUUCAAGACCAGAUGAUUGUGUUUUCAUGUUUUGAGAUUCCGGUUUUUGAUGUCAUUCUUCUUUUUCUUUUUCACUAGCUGUAUAUCUAUGCGUUUGCAAUGUCUGUGUGUGUGUUCGUACUGUAAAGUACGUUUUUUUUAGAGAGACUGUGUGUAUGUUUGUAUGCUUCCUCGAGAGAUUCUAAAAGGACAGCAAAGGGAGGCAAGGAAAGGAUGGUAAAGGAUAGGAUAGGAAAGGAA